AUGUCCGCCGUCAUCAACCUCGUCAAUACCAUCUGGACGCGCUUCAGCACCAACCUUCGCGGUACUCUUGAUGGCAUGAGCAUGGAGAAGUGGAUCCGGCUGGUCGUCAUCGUCGGAGCAUACUGCCUGCUGCGCCCCUACCUGAUGAAGGUGGCCGGCAGCUCGCAGAUGAAGCAGCACGAGGCCAAGCCCGAGGACGAGUGGACGGGUCCGAAGCCCAAGGUACAACCGAACACUCUGCGCGGGCAGGUUGAGAUUCCGCAGGACAGCGACGAUGAAGGCGCCGAGGCCGCGGGCUCGACGACGUCUACCGACUGGGGAAAGAAGGCGCGCAAGAGGCAGCGCGACGUGCUCAAGAAGAUGAUUGAUGCCGAAGAGAAGAGGCUCGCGGAGCUGCAGGAGGAUGACGAGGACAAGGAUAUCGAGGAGUUCUUGGUGAAGGAGUAG